GUGGGGGUGAAGGUCUUUUGGUUGCUAUAGUGAUCUAGUGCACUUUGAUCUCGUUUCCGACCCUUUCUCCUCGCUCUUCGCCCCCCGUCGUUGGCCUUCGUGGCUGCAGAGGAACUCGGAACUUAAUAAGCAAAUGCCUGUAACAGUGGGGCCAUAUGGCCAGUCCCAACCCAGUUGCUUUGACAGAGUGAAAAUGGGCUUCAUGAUGGGCUUUGCUGUUGGUGUGGCAGCAGGUGCACUGUUCGGCACAUUUUCUUGCCUUAGGAUCGGCAUGAGAGGGCGAGAACUGAUGGGUGGUGUUGGCAAAACCAUGAUGCAGAGCGGUGGAACUUUUGGGACAUUUAUGGCAAUUGGCAUGGGAAUCCGCUGUUAAUGUUACUUUUUUACCAUGAAGACUAAUGCAAAUCAAGGUCCUGCUGUGUAAUAUAAUAAAAAAUAUCUGCCCCAAGAUUGAAAAACCAGUCAAAAAUAAGUUUCUGUCUUUAUUGCUGUAUCAUCAGUUUGUACAUCUUUUUCUCGUUAAUGAAAGUGGGAAAGGCAGUGAGGGUUUGAAGCAAUGCGGUCUUUCCUGUCUAUAAAAUAAAACUUGAAUGUAACUUAAAAUGAAUAAUGAACUAUAGCAGGAGAUAUACUUUAUUAAAAUCUUCCCUUUUAAUUGGAUAACAAGCAUGUUUUUUGGGUGGAUAUGCUGAGUUUAAUACAAGAUCAAUAAAUUGUUCAUCAAAGGAA